AUUGAGCCAGUGAAAUGUGGGCGGCGCACCGCCUCGGUGUGGCCGCUCCUCUCCAGUCAGCCAGACUGCGUGAAGAACAACGGACAGAGCGAAACGGCGUCGCACACUGGGACCUGCGAACUGUACUACACAUACGUAAAUAGCCAACCCACAACCUGCAUAGUACAAUAUGGAGCUGUGAGGGUCGUGGACCUACUCUCUCUCGCUCAGCAUAAAAACACUACAUUGUUUAUUUUCCGCAUUUACGAGUAUUUUCCACCAACAUGGAGACUACAGGCUUCUGGCUGCUACUGGCUGCACACUUUAUCCUCAUCUGCCAACAAGCUGAAGGAUAUGGAUACAGGAAUCAGCGCAAAUUUUCAGAAGACAUUGACUGGUCGUACGCAGGAACAUUAAACCAGAACAACUGGGCCAAGAAGUUUCCAUCCUGCAGCAACGCCAAGCAGUCUCCCAUCAACAUAGAACAGAACCUGGCCCAGGUGAAACUACAGUACCAGAAGCUGAGCUUUGAUGGCUGGGAGAAUCUGACCACUAACAGAACAACAAUCAAGAACGAUGGCAAGACUGUGACCGUCAAUGUGGAUGGUGACUUCUAUGUCAGUGGAGGAGGUCUCAGGUCAAAGGUCAAGGUGGGGUGCAUCACUUUCCACUGGGGGUGCUGCAAUGCUUCUUCAGAGGGCUCAGAACACAGUCUGGAUGGAGUCAAAUACCCUCUAGAGAUGCAGAUAUACUGCUAUGACCCACUUCGAUUUGAUUCUUUGGAUCAAAGCAUCAAGGCUGGAGGCAGAAUCACAGCACUCGCUGUUCUAUUUGAGAUAAGCACUGAAGACAACAUGAACUACGCUGCUAUAAUCGAAGGCAUCAACAGUGUGAGCAGAUAUGGAAAGAGUGCCAGGGUUUCACCCUUCACUCUGCAAGGUCUUCUGCCAAACUCCACUGAAAAAUACUUUAUCUACAAUGGCUCUCUGACUACGCCACCUUGCAGUGAGGUUGUUGAGUGGAUCAUCUUCAAGAACACAGUAGCCAUCUCCGAUGACCAGCUGGUGAUGUUCUGUGAGGUGAUGACGAUGCAGCAGGCUGGAUAUGUGAUGCUGAUGGACUACCUGCAGAACAACUACAGGGAGCAGCAGGAGCAAUUUAUGGGUCUGGUGUUCUCCUCUUAUACGGGCACUGAGGAGAUCUUCACACGGGUCUGCAGUUCAGAACCGGAGAACAUCCAGGUGGUACCACACAACCUUAGCAGCCUGCUGGUGACAUGGGAAAGGCCACGGGCAGUGUAUGACUCCAGCAUCGAGAAGUACUCAGUCAACUACAGACUAGCUAGUACAGAGAAUGCUGUCUCAUCUGAAUACCUGACUGACGGAGACCAGGAUGUGGGUGCGAUACUUGAUGACCUCUUGGCCAACACCAGUUAUAUGGUCCAGGUUGUGGCGGUGUGCUCCAACGGUCUGUACGGACGUUCAAGCAACCCACUGAUGGUAGUCAUGCCCAUUGACAACCCUGAAAAUGCACUGGAUCCAGCUUCUUAUGAAUAUAGUAAUGAGGUCAAGUAUGAUCCAGAUCUUACCUGGGACGAAAUAGGACAAACUAAGGACUACGAUCUGGAUUGGAGUGCGACAAACUUGCAGAGGACAACAACUUCUGAAUCACCUUUUUUGCUUUUGCCUACUAUUAGAACUACAACAGUAGAGUCGGGUCACAGUAAAGUCACCAAGGAUCCAGUUCCUCCUGUUAGAUCCACUCAAUCUGGUCAAGUGUUGAGCAAUUCUGAAGAGAUGCAACAACAUAGUACCUCUAUGUGGUCACCAGAAAUGACCCUGCCACCAGAAACAAGGGGAAGAGCUAACUUCAAUGCCAAUGCUCUGUUUAAUUUAACCAAAACAACCAAAGAAAACUCACUUUAUACCACCACUGCUCCUUCACACCGCACUAUAAAAAUAGAUGGUGUUCAUGGAGGCGUUACCCUAAACGGAAAAGGCAAAGUAGAGGGAGGUAUAAGUACCAGUGCUCCCACAGUCACCACUUCAAAGGCUGAUUACAUUAAUAGAGGAUUAAGUCAACAAGAUUAUUCUGGAAAAGUAACUAACACUACUCCUACAAUUACCAGUGCAAAGACCAAAGACGGUAAUAUUUCUCAAUCAGGCAACACUGCAACCAAUGUCAUGUCUCAUAUCAGUAAUGUGAGCAGCACAACAUCGUCUUCUACAUCCUUCAUCCAAACCAAGACUGAUCCAAGUUUGGCACGCCCAACAAACAAAGACAACACCACUGAUAGAAGUGUUUCCACUAAACCCAGAGGUAUUCCAGAGAUCCAGACAGAAAGCUCAACUUCCAAACCUUCCUCUUCACCUACCAAAACAUCUGUCCAAUUGAGCCGCAUUCUCUUGCAGACCACAAAGCCACUGUCCAAUGGUGAGAGCCUAUUUGUGUUCCCCUCAAGUUCCUCCUCCUUCACCUCCUCUCCUUUGUGUGACACCGUGGAUUCCAGCUGUGCCUCUUCCACCUGCUUGCAUGAUCCUACCUCCUCUUGGCCUGUAUUGUCUCCCUUGGAUUCACAGCUUACUGCUACAUCCCUGUCACCUGUCAAAGACCCAGUUUCCCAGUCUUCAGUCUUCACGCUAUCUGCCUCUACCCUGCCUUACCUCCCUCACCCCUCACACUCCCUGUCUGGUUGGGUGACUGACCCUGUCUUUCCUGGUGUUGGGUUUGAUAAUACUGAUAGCAAUGAUGAUGUGUUGUCUGGAUCUUCAAGUAAUCCCUCAGUAUUUAGCAGUACACCUCCACUCCAAGCACUUCUAGACCCGUCUGCUAUUGUUUUCACCACCAAGCUCUCUGAAUCUUCCUGGGAUCAGUCUCUCUCAGCAGCAUCUCUGUCUGUCAUCCCCACCCUAGAACCUUCAGUUCAUCUGUCUAGUAACCACUUCCUUUUUGACGCUACCCUGGGAUUAUCUAGUUCUUUCUCAUCUGCUUUUGACAAUUCAAGAUAUGCCACAGGGAAAACAAUAGAGACUUUUCUCAAAGAGGGCAGUGGUGACAGGUUUCCAUUAGUUAGCGAUGUGCAUGGCCUGUGUGACUGCUCUUUGGAGCCAUCAGCAUCCUCCCCUUGGUUGCAUUUGUUAAGUGUUGGAUUUUCCUCCUCAGCCUGGGACUCUAUAAGUUUAGAGCUUUACUCUAGUUUGGGCUUCCUUUCAGCCACUCAUGUUGACUUUGACAAUUUUCUACACUCUUUAUCUGUGGUGGGCUCUGAUGGUCUGUCCUUAGGUCAGCCACUGUCAUCCCAUAGUGCGAUCUUGCCUUCGUCAUCUUCUUCAUACUCCCAGGUUCUCCAAGCAACCCAAAGUGACCUGCCAAUUUCUGUUGCAGCCACAUCAUCUGCCAUCAUGGAAUCCUGGUUCUCUGUAUCAUCUGUGCUAACUCCUUCACCCACAGCCUCCCCCACCACCCUCGCUCCAGAGGGACAGGUGAUAGACGCCAGUACCAGUGCAUCUGGCUCAGGCCUGUUCCCCGACUCCCAGGAGGGCGUAGAUCAGGAGUGGGACAUGGUUCAAACUUCAACCUCUGGGGAGAGCAUGCUCCCUCACUCGAUGAACGUUAUUAGCAGUGCUUCCCCAUCUAGCACCUCAGAGGCUGGCCAGACCCCAGACGAUCUGGAUGAACACCCCUCAGCAUUUUAUUUUGAAAGUGAGAGUAGCAAUGCAUUGGGCUUCGAGGUAGGAGACACAACAACGGAAGCAGUAACCUCUGCUUCAACUUGGUCGCUAGGUAGGGAGGAGGGGAGCAGCUCAGGGCAGAGUGAAAGCCUCUACGACAACGAGACGUCUUCUGACUUCAGUAUCUCUGAGCACACAGAAAGGGAGUUGACAGAAGAGGAGCCAGUAGCAGAUGCUAGUAACAGCAGCCACGAGUCGAGAGUUGGUUCCAUCAGGGAACAAGAGAGGAAGGCUGUGGUUCCUUUGGCUGUCAUCUCCACCCUCGCCGUCCUCGGCCUGAUUGCUCUCAUCUGUGUUCUCGUCUACUGGCGGUUGUGUUUCCAGUCGGCUCACUUUUACAUCCAUGACAGUUGCUCAACCAGAGUCAUCACAGCACCAGACACUGCUAUAUCUGGUGAGCACAGGGCUUUUCCAGUGAAGGAUUUUGUCAAGCAUGUUGCUGAACUUCACCACACUCAAAGCUUCAAACGAGAGUUUGAGACACUGAAGCCCAGUUACGAGGAGGCACAGAUGUGCACUGUGGACAUGAUGAUGUCUACUGACAACGCAAAUCAUCCAGACAGCAAGACUGAAAACAGACACAGCAACAUUUCGGCCUAUGACGAUACCCAGGCACACCUCUCACUAUUGGCCAACAAAAAAGGAAAAGCAACGGAUUACAUUAACGCGAAUUACGUGGAUGGUUUUAAGAAGCCACAGUUGUACGUUGCUGCUCAGGGGCCUGUGAGGCCGAGCAUUGAGGACUUCUGGAGGAUGAUAUGGGAGCAGAACAUCUGCAUCAUCGUCAUGAUCAGCAACCUGGUGGAGAAAGGAUGCAGAAUAUGUGAUCAGUACUGGCCACUGGAGGUGCAGGAGGAGUACGGCAGCUUUCUCGUGACUGUGAAGAGCACUAAAGUCCUCGCCUACUACACCCAGAGAACCUUCACCAUCAGAAAAAUCCAGAUAAAAAAGAGUUCUCAGAAGGGGCGGGCCAAGGAGGGGGCCAAUGAGCGGACUGUGACACAGUAUCAUUACACCCAGUGGCCUGACACUGGCGUUCCAGACUUAGCUCUGCCGUUCCUCAGCUUCAUCCACAAGUCGUCCAGAGCCAGGACAGAUGACAUGGGGCCACUGAUGGUUCACUGCAGUGCUGGUGUUGGCCGGACAGGCACAUACAUUGUCCUGGACAGCAUGCUGACGCAGAUCCAAAAUGAGGGCUCCGUCAACGUCAUGGGCUUCCUUAAACAGAUUCACACUCAGAGGAAAUGCCUGGUGCAGACAGAGGAACAGUAUGUUUUUAUCCACAAUGCCCUGGUGGAAGCCAUCUUGUGUGGCGAGACAGAGGUGGCAGUGGCUCAACUGCAUAAGUACGUGGACAAGCUGAUGACCCCAGGGCCUGAUGGAGGAACGGGGAUGGACCAACAGUUCAAGAUGGUUUGUUACACCAAUCUGAAGCACUGUGACUAUUCCACAGCUCUGCAGGACUGCAACUACAACAAGAACAGAAACUGCUCAGUGAUACCCAUUGAGAGGUCACGAGUGUGUUUGCCGAAAACAGCAGGGGAAACAGCAGACUACAUUAAUGCAUCAUACAUCGCAGGUUACAGGCACACCAAGGAGUUCAUCAUUACCCAGAAACCUUUGCCUGUCACCGUAAAGGACUUCUGGACAAUGAUAUGGGACCACAACGCCCAAGUCAUUGUGUCACUGCCUGGGAUGGAGGAAGAAGCAGAGCCAUUUGUUUUCUGGCCUUAUAAAGGGCAGCUGAUCAGCUAUGAGAUGUUCACUGUCACUCAAAAGAGUGAGACUCAUGUUUGUCUGUCCAAUGAGGACCUGCUGAUAGUUCAGGACUACAUACUGAAAGAUACAAAGAAUGACUACGUUCUUGAGGUGAGACACUAUCGCGCUCCCAACUGGCCAAACCCAGACAGUCCCCUCACUUCCACCUUUGAGCUUCUCAAAUUGGUGAACGAAGAGAUCCUCACAAAGGACAGCCCUACUGUGGUCCACGAUAAUGUGGGUGGGUUUACAGCAGGACUGUUCUGUGCUCUCUCGUCUCUGACUCGCCAGUUGGAUGCCGAAGCGUCAGUGGAUGUCUUCCAAGUAGCCAGGCUGAUGAAUCUCAUGAGACCUGGAACCUUCAGCAACAUCGAGCAGUACCAGUUCUUGUACAAAGCCAUGCUGAGUCUCAUCGGGACACAAGAAGACGAGAAAACUCAGUCCUUUGACGCUAACGGAACCAUCGUGACGGAAACCACCAGCACCGCUGAAAGCAUCGAAUCCCUGGUGCCAACGAAUAAAUAAAACCAACAAAAAAUACUACACUUUUACAAAUGAGCAACAGCAUUUCGUCCCUUCCCUGAAACCACCAACAGAGCUGCUAGUGAAUCCAGACUCUCGCUACAAUCACUCAAGAAAUCUUGUCAUUCAAGACUCUGCCUUUUGUAGAUUGAGACUGGUAUGAGUUUCCUCUUUACAGUUUUGUAAUGUGUGCCUUUUUGCUCAUCUUGAAUUUUUAACUGUGAUAUAAGCUGUAGACUAAUUGUUCAAUGUUUUUAAUGCUGUACUGCCCUGAGACUAACUGUCAACGCCAAUCUUGUAUUUAUUGGCGCUGAGCCAAAUGUGGGGGAAAAGGGAAAAGCUGCAUCUUUUUACAUCAAAUGCUAAAGUCAAAAGAAAGACUCUUUGUCAGACUCUGUCAAUAUUAUUGAUUUUGUUAAUGUGUCUUUAACAGAGCACUUGCUCUCUUAAAUGUAAAUUCUGUUUAAAUUGGUGUAGCGUGCUGAAGUCAAAUAUAAAAUAAGGGUAUCGAAUAGUAGAUUAAUGUACUGUAAAUAAUAUUAUAAUAAUACCCUGAAUGGACCAAAUUUCUAUUUAUGCUUUUCACCUUUGCUUUUAUUUUUGAAGGGUUUAAUUCUAAUUGCCUAGCUGCUUUUAUACUAUGGAUUUUGUAACAGUCAUGCAUGGGUACUGACCUUUUUGGUUUUUUGGUUUGUUUUUUAGCUAUAAAGGAAUCGCUGCUGGCUUAUUAGCUAAGGGAUUAAAUAAGGGAAGGAACACCAAAGGGAGCCUGUGAGAGUGUUUUGUUACUGUGUGUUGAACCACAAAUAUACCUGCAAAGAUGCAACAGACACAUGAACUAUUAGAGGUUUGCUCAUUAGUUAGUUAAAUACACUGUUUUGCAUACAAGUGAUGUUGGAAAUUUCCAAUUUAAACAUUUGGUGUCAAGGUGAUGUAUUAAUUCCAUUGUAGGCAGCAAUUAGCAAAACUGUAGAUUAGCAGAAUGAGUUUCAGCUCAUUAAUAUGCAGCCCUACAGAGAACCAACAGGAGGCAGGUCAAAGGUCACAAGGUCCAGACAAAAGAAAAAAAAAAUGAGGAGAAACAGCCUUCUGUGAGCCUGACAGGGGAGAGAUGUUACCGAAUCAAGAAACACAGAAAAUGGAGACAUACCCAAUUCCAUUUCUAAUGAUGAUUCUUGUCUGUGGAUUAUACAGUUCCCUUAACAGAGUCAUGGACUAAUCCCUGGUUAUUUCAGUUGAUUUUUGCAUGUGUUAAUCCAGGCUAAGACACUGUAAGAAAUGUGUCUUUUCAGGACAGAAAAUAGGUCAGUGUCCAGACGCUGUAUCCACACUUUAAUUUGCAUUUUUGACUUUUCAUGAAUACAAACUUAAUUGUUCUCUGCUUGGUGCCCUACUUUAUAUGGCUGCAUUUAAAGAAGGAGCAAAAAUGCUGAUCAUCCUUUUCUGAAGACUUGAGCUCAACUAAUUAAGUGAUCAGAACCAUGUCACAAAUAUAAAAGUCACAAAAAAGCAAUACUGGUGCAAAAGUUUGCAUUGCACAAUAACUGUUUUUAAUAUCUUAAAGCUUGGUGCUGACAAAUACCAGCCAUAAUUAUAAACAUGUACAUACUGUGUAUUGAUGCAGCAAAAAUUGUGCGCUGCAGCCUAUAUCAUCAUUUGGCCUCCUUUGGGGUCAAGAUGAUGUAUUAAGUCCAUUCUAGGUACCAUUUAGGAAAACAGUAGAUUAGCAGAAGGAUUUUCAGCUCACUGAUAUCCAGCCUUACAGGGAACCAAUGGGAGGCAGAUAAGUAAUCGAUAAAAAGAAAAGUAAGGGAGAACUAGUGCGUGAAAUGGGCAAAUCAAGAGUGUGGAAAGUUCUGAAGAUAACAAGGAAACCGUUAUUGCAGCUGUAGACCGCCAUAAUUGUCUUCCAGUUGGGUCUGUGGGUGACAUGUUCCUGUUGUGGUUGGGAAGUGGAGGACUAUAGCAUAUAAGAAUUAUAUUUAUUAUAUUGUGCAUUUUAGGACACAGUAAAAGAUCAAUCAAAAAGACAAAUAAAAAACAUUCAUUAUUAUUCAGUGUCAUAUUCUCUGUCACUAACAGAUUUAACAUGAACACAUGAAUCCAAACCACCUUAAAAAUACCAUGUGGUACUAAUAGCUAGCACUACAGGGGAAGAGCGACUCUAAACCUUAAACAUUGGAUAGGGAACAUGGUGAACCAUUAAAACAGAUCUUAUAUAUAUCUGGCUGCGGAACACUACUUUAACUCCUAACUA